AGAGAGAGGGAGAUGGGUGAAACAGCUUAUUGCAGUAGCAGCAGCAGUGAAGAGGAAGAUGGUGAUGCUGAAUGGAGAGCUGCAAUCAAUUCUAUAGCUACUGAUAUUAGUAAUCAAUCAGCCGCCACUGAUGGCCCUGUUCCAAAAACCUCCAAUCGUACAUCAAAUUCUGAAGAAAAACCGAAACCCAAGCACUAUGUUGUUAAGGUACAAAAACUCUUAGAAGAUAUGUUAGACAAGAGCUUAGAAAUGGUGAACGAACCCAUUCCUGAAUGUGAUGAUGAACCAGCAAUAGAUGAAGGUGGAGGUAUUCGAUUGUUUAGGCAUGCUCCUUUGGGGAUUGUAUUUGAUCCUGUUGAUGGAUCUAAACUGCCAAGAAAGAGGCCAAAGAUUCUUCCUGGAUAUGAGGUAGAUGAGAAGUCGAAAAAGUUUAAAUGUCAGCUCAAGUCCGUUGCCGUGGAUGGUGUAGAAAUAAUUGCUUCUGCAAGAGAUGCUUGUAAGAAAUCGCUGGCUAGACUUGAAGCUAAAGAUGCCGCAGCAAAAGCAAAAGCUAAAAGAGAGGAAGAAAGAGUUGCAGAGCUGAAAAAAAUUAGGGGGGAGAAGUGGCUACCUUCUAUUGCUAAGCACAUGCGGGUGAAGAAGUAAAGGGAGAGCAACUACACUCGCUCAUUGACAAUUGUUAGCUUAUCUUCUCCAGGGUGCAGCAAGCUCGCCUGAGAAUUUAGUUAUAGGUGUAUGGAGUCCUGCGAAGCUAUCCUCUGUAUUAGAAAAGAUGAAUUUGAUGAUUAAAAAUAAAAAAAAAAAGUCUAUAUAAUUGGCCAACCUGAUCAUUUUAAAUUCA